GACAGCAUACAAAAGGACAUGACACAACCAAUGACUCAAGAUUAAGACGCCAUUGCAAGUCGAGCACUCGAAGCCAUUCUUUUAUUUGCCUAGUGCUUUGCUUAGAUGGGUAGUACAUGGCCGCGAGAUCGAGUGCCGAGAAAGGGACGUUGUUUUCGAUGUGAGGACGGGGACAAGAAUGGAUAAUCACCCAAGGAAACGAAUAAAUGCCGAAGGAAAACCGGCAUCUUUGGCCUCGACAAUAAUGCUCGGAGCGACCGCCUGCCAAUCGCUUCACGUCGUCAUUCAUCACUAGGCGGAAUUAGCCUCGUUUCCAGAAUGUACCCAAUCGUCCCUCGCAAAAGCAUGUUGCCAAAAUUCUCUAUGGCAAGGACAAGGGAGAAUAUACCAAAGCAAGCACUUAUCCUGAUCGUUAUAAAGGCCCCUCUAGCUCCUCUCUGACAAUUGCAAGUGUUUUCCUGUUCUAGGAGCUCGCAAAAUUUCUAGCUAUGGAGUUCAGCAUCCUGGCGAUGUUGGUGCUUCUGGUCGUGUUUGUAGUCUCAGCAUUUUUUCUUCAAUCAUGGAAAUCACCAAAAGCAAUGGAGGACAUCCCAGGAACCUUGGGUUGGCCGAUUGUCGGCGAAAGCUUCUCCUUCAUAUCCGAUUUCUCGAGUCCAUCUGGUAUUUACAGCUUCAUGAAGAAGAGACAAGAAAGGUAUGGGAAGGUGUUCAAGUCCUUUGUCUUGGGAAGGUUCACCGUCUUCAUGACCGGGAGAGAAGCGAGCAAGAUUCUAUUGACGGGCAAAGACGGGAUGGUGAGUUUGAACCUCUUCUACACCGGGCAGCAGGUUCUCGGCCCCACAAGUCUUCUCCAGACGAAUGGGGAAGAGCACAAGCGGCUUCGGCGGCUCAUUGCGGAACCGCUUUCCAUCGAUGGCAUGAAGAAGUACUUCCAGUUCAUCAACGCCCAAGCUAUAGAAACAUUAGAUCAGUGGCAGGGACGAAAAAUUUUGAUUCUUGAGGAGGUUUCUACAUUCACUCUCAAGGUAAUUGGCCACAUGAUCAUGAGCUUAGAACCUAAAGGCGAAGAGCAGGAGAAGUUCCGAUCCAAUUUCAAGAUAAUGUCCUCCUCAUUUGCGUCCUUGCCGUUUAAAGUGCCAGGAACUGCAUUUCAUCGUGGACUUCAGGCUCGAGAAAGGAUCGAUAGCAUGUUGGACAGCGUCAUUUCUAGGAGGAGAGAAGGACAAGGCUUCCAAAAUGAUUUCCUGGAGUCCCUGAUAAUCAAGCACAGCAAAGCAGAAGACGGGGAAGCCAACAAAGAGAAGCUAACCGACAAGCAAAUGAAGGACAAUGUACUAACUCUUCUGGUUGCUGGUCAUGACACCACCACUGCUGCUCUGACUUGGCUCAUCAAAUUUCUCGGAGAGAACCCUCAAGUUCUGCAACGUCUCAGGGAAGAACAUAUGGAAAUUCAAGGGAGAGGCAAGGGCGGAGCGAAUCUAUCUUGGAGUGAAGUUAAUAACAUGCCUUACACCGCUAAAGUAAUAAGUGAAACUCUAAGGAGAGCCACAGUAUUACCUUGGUUCUCAAGGAAAGCUGCUCAGGAUUUUGAGAUUGAUGGAUAUAAGAUCAAGAAAGGUUGGUCAGUGAACCUGGAUGUUGUUUCUAUUCACCAUGACCCUGAAGUUUUCCCUCAGCCAGAAGUUUUUAACCCUUCCAGAUUUGAUGAACAUUUGAAACCUUUCAGCUUCCUUGGAUUUGGUAGUGGACCACGUAUGUGCCCCGGGAUCAAUCUGGCAAAGAUGGAGAUCUCCAUUUUCAUUCAUCACUUAGCCUGCAGAUACAAGUGGACUCCUCUGGAGAGAGAUGACUCAGUCCAGCCUACCCUAGUAAGGAUGCCCAAGAACAAGUAUCCAGUUCUCAUUGAGCCGCUGUAGAUGUAUUUGUUGCUUCACCUGGAAAUAUGGCACAGAGCCAUAGUAGCCGAGGAAAAGGAGCGGCAUGGACUGAUUGUCAAUGCAAUACCAAUAUUCUAGAAUAUGAGAAAUAAGAAUGUAUGAAGCAGUUUUCGUUCUUCUUGAGUUGGUGAGAAAUAAGAAUGUAUGAAGCAGUUUUCGUUCUUCUUGAGUUAGUCUAUUUCUUCCUGAAUAACUAUCCUUUGGCUACAAUCCAAUUACUCUGUUCCAGUCAAUCAAACCAACAAAUGCAACUCCAACCAUCUUGAUUGCAGAGAGUGGAAAAAUAAGUAAAGAUUG